GGUAUAAAGGAAGCUGAGACAAAGAAACGUUUGGAUUGUGUUCCGCUUGUGGAAGAUCAGCUCACAAACCAACUCAGUUCAGUUCACCAAGAGGGAAGUCCAGCGCCACCAUCCAGGGAUUCUACAUUGUGUACAACUGACAGGUGAGAAUGACAUCCACGGCAGAUCGACUGGCCCGUCAGCAGAAGAGGGAACAAGGCAUUGGCACCAACGAGCAUGCAGUGAAGUUCUCCCAGCAGGAUUAUGAAAGUUUGCGCCGUCAGUGUCUGGAGAGUGGACGUCUGUUUGAGGACAGCGUCUUUCCAGCUGAGAGGAAAUCCCUGGGCUACAAUGACCUGGGACCAUACUCAUCCAAGACCAGGGGUGUGGUAUGGAAGAGGCCAACGGAGCUGUGUUCCAACCCCAAGUUCAUUGAUGAUGGAGCCACAAGGACAGACAUUUGCCAAGGGGUUCUGGGUGACUGCUGGCUUUUGGCUGCAAUAGCCUCUCUGACUCUAGACCACCAGAUCCUGGCUCGUGUGGUGCCUCCUGGACAGAGUUUCACUGAAGAUUACGCCGGGAUAUUUCAUUUCCAGUUCUGGCAGUUUGGUGAGUGGGUGGAUGUGGUGGUCGAUGACCGUCUGCCCACCAGAGAUGGGAAGCUGCUGUUUGUUCACUCAGCAGAGGGCUCAGAGUUUUGGAGUGCGCUGCUGGAGAAGGCUUAUGCUAAGUUGAAUGGCUGCUAUGAGGCCUUGGCAGGUGGAAACACUAUUGAGGGUUUUGAGGAUUUCACAGGAGGAAUCGCAGAGAUAUACACCUUCGACAAGGCUCCAUCAAAUCUCUUCCAAAUCAUAAAGCGAGCCCUGCACCUGGGUUCACUCCUGGGCUGCGCUAUUGAUAUAACCAGUUCCUAUGAGACAGAGGCAGUUACAGCUCUCAAGCUUGUUAAAGGACAUGCAUACUCAGUCACUGGUGCAGAGGAGGUUCAUUACCGAGGCAGACUGGUUCAGCUGGUCCGCAUUAGGAACCCGUGGGGCCAGGUGGAGUGGACUGGGCCCUGGAGUGAUGGAUCCAGUGAAUGGGACUACAUCAGUAGAGAUGAGAAACAAAACUUGAAUCAUGUGGCUGAAGAUGGAGAGUUCUGGAUGGCCUACUCCGACUUCAUCAGACAUUUCUCCAGGCUGGAGAUCUGUAACCUGACCCCAGACACGCUCAUGAGCGAUAGUGUGGGCUACUGGAACCAUCAGCAGUUUGAGGGGAUGUGGAGGAUUGGCGCCACUGCCGGAGGCUGCCGCAAUCACGCAGCCACAUUCUCAUCAAACCCUCAGUUUGUGGUUCGUCUGGAGGAUGUGGAUGAUGAUCCUCUGGAUGGGGAGGAUGGAUGCACAUUUCUGGUGGGGCUGAUGCAAAAGGAUGGUCGACAGAAGAAGAGGCUUGCCCAGGAUCUUGAGACCAUUGGCUUUGCCAUUUAUGAGGUCCCAGAUGAGUACAAAGGCCAAAGCAAUGUUCAUCUAGGUCCAGAUGUCCUGCUGCGACAGAGAGCUGUGGCCAUGAGCAGCACCUUCAUCAACAUGCGUGAAGUGUGUGACCGCUUCAAACUUCCUCCGGGGGAAUACGUCAUCAUUCCUUCAACCUUCCAUCCUCACAAGAAUGGCAGCUUCAUUCUCAGGGUGUUCUCAGAGAAACAGGCUGCAACCAGUCCACUGGAGGAGGACAUUAAAGCUGAAAUAGAGGAGGAGGAGAUAUCUGAGAGCGAUGUGGAUCCUCAUUUCAAGCAUCUCUUCAAGCAGAUUGCUGGCGACGACAUGGAGGUGUCUGUCUUUGAGCUGGUUCAAAUUCUAGACAAUGUCGUCUCUCACCGGUCUGAUAUCAAGACAAAUGGAUUCAGCCUUGAGACAGGUCGACUUAUUGUCAGUCUGCUGGAUAAAGAUGAAAGUGCCACAUUGGGACUGCUGGAAUUCCACUUGCUUUGGAACAAAAUCCAGAAAUACCUGGAGAUCUUUAAGAAUCAUGACACAGACAACUCUGGCACCAUGAGCUCCCAUGAGAUGAGAGGUGCUGCCAUGGAAGCAGGUUUCCAAGUCAACAGCGCUGUGCUGCAGGCCAUCGUCAGUCGUUACGCUGAUGCUCAGUAUGCCAUAGACUUUGACAGUUUUGUGGGCUGUCUCAUUAAAAUGGAAAUGCUCUUCAAAAUGUUUAAGGCUCUGGAGAGAGAUGACUCAGGAAAGAUUGAGCUGGACAUGCAACAGUGGCUGUGCCUGGCGAUCUACUAGCUCUGAGGACAGUACAAGCAAAGACCCCUUUGUACCAUCAGCAGGAAAACAAGGCUCCAUCAGUUCACAAUCCAUUACAACUCACAGUCAGUUUUAGAAAUCAAGUAAACCCAGUGGUUUUUCAGAUACACUCUGUAUGUUCCAAAUGAUUAAAAUGGCUGAGGUUUAUUUGGGAAUUUUAAUAUUUGCUGGAUACGGACAUUUUUUUUGCAGAUGUGUUGUGUCACUCACUUGUAUUAUUCCAUUUUAGAAAUAAUUCCUUUUCCUUUGGUGUGUUUGCUCUUUAACUGUUGCAAAAUGAUAGAAAAUAAAGAAAAUAAGAAACUUC